AUGGCUGCUGGUGCAUCCUCUUCCUGUACAGCGGCUUUCACCAGAAACAACUCUCCCAAAACCAAUUCAACUUACUCCCUCACUCCUCAGUUCAAGAAAACCAGUUUUCAUGGGCUGUCAAUUGAAGACGCCAAAAGGGCUGCCUUUAAUUCUUUAGCUGCUGGGAGUGUCCGUAGCAGUUUUGGGGGCGUGGUUAGCAGAAAAAGGGGCCUUGAGAUCACAGCAAGGGCAGCUGGAGCUGCUAAGAAUAUUGAGGUUGAGGUUGACAAGCCAUUGGGCCUGACUUUGGGCCAAAAGCAAGGUGGUGGUGUGGUAAUCACAGCUGUAGAAAGUGGUGGUAAUGCUGCAAGGGCAGGGCUUAAAGCCGGGGACCAAGUUCUGUACACAAGCAGCUUCUUUGGGGAUGAGUUAUGGCCAGCCGAUAAGCUUGGCUUCACAAAAACAGCUAUUCAAGCGAAACCGGAUUCUGUGUACUUUGUUGUCAGCAGAGGAGCUGAAGUGGAUGUCAAAAGGCUACCAAAGCGCCCGGCCCCACCUGCUUUUGGCAGAAAACUCACCGAUGCUCAAAAGGCACGUGCUACUCACAUAUGUCUCGACUGUGGCUACAUAUACACCCUGCAAAAAUCUUUCGAUGAGCAACCGGAGGAUUAUGCCUGCCCACAAUGCCGGGCACCGAAGAAGAGGUUUGCAAGAUACGACGUCAAUACUGGAAAAGCCAUUGGAGGUGGACUGCCUCCAAUUGGGGUUAUUAUUGGCCUUAUUGCUGGGAUUGGUGGAGUAGCAGCUUUGUUAGUUUAUGGCCUUCAAUAA